AUGGAGGCUUGCUCAGUGAUUGGAGAAAGCACGGAUGCGAUAGUGAUGGAUGAUUCUCCUACAGAUGAAGGAGAAAUUCAGGCUUGCAGAAGCGAGAUCCCUCGGUUGUCUCUGUGCCCUCCUGACAGCGAAUGUGAUGCCGAGGCCCAGUUGACAGUCAUCCAAUCUGAAGGGGAGCUAUGUGACAGCUGCAGCAGCCUUGGCAGACCCUCUUCCUCCUGCCAGCUUUAUCACCAAGUCCCUCAGUGUCCCCAAGCCGGGCUCUAUGAUUCCUCACAGUUAAGAAAUUGUCCUCACUGUACCCAUUAUGGACCAGUCAAACUGAAAACCUGCCAAGAUUGUCAUUCAAACACAACAGGUCCUCACGCAGAAGGAGGGGGAGUGAAUAAAGUGGGACACAGUUGUAGUUCAGCCAAUCCGCCGUCCUGUCACAGCGCGGUGAGGUGCCACCGGCUGCAUGGGACAAAUGAGAGCAGGACACAAAAACCGAAGCAAAGACAUGUGGUGACAGUGAGGGGUGGGAGUCUGUACUGUAUCCUCAGAAAUUAUUCCCAGCUGAUAGUAGACUACCCGUUAGCGAUGUUGGUUGGUUGUGCUGUGCUGAUGCUUGGCUGCACACUGGCAGGACUGUUCAUUGGUCCACUGCCGGACUUCUCAGACCCUCUUCUGGGCUUUGAGCCACGGGGAACAUACAUCGGUGUUCGUCAGUCCAGUUUGUCUGAGCUGAAGAAGAACACAGGCCCGGGGAAAACUCUGUCUCCUUUACCACCACAGCUCAGUAAAAGUUUUGGUGGUGUUAAUACUGGAGACAGCAGUGGCAGCCAGGAUGCCUCCAGGCUUCGUAUUAAGAGGAUGCUGGCUACAGAUUCCUCUCCAAACACUUUCCUGUGUGAUGCUCCAGGCGAGCGUUUGGCUCAGUUGGUGUUUCGCUCGGAAAACUCGGCCAGUCUUUGGAGUCUGAAGGCCAUCCACGCCAUGUGUGAGACGGAGCAAUCCAGGAUUCGCUCCCAGGCUCAGUUCCAGGACUUGUGCCAGCAGCAUGUGAGGGCAGAGGCUGAGGGAACAUCAAGAAGCGGCUGUUGUCCGAGCUGGUCUCUGGGGAAUUACUUGGCUGUCCUCACUAAUGCCUCAUGCUGCCUCAGCCUCACCUCACACCAGGUGUCUGAAUCUCUGAACCUUCUCCGCAAAUGUGCUCCACAUUAUCAUGAAGGAAACCUCGUGGAAGCCUGUGUAGAAAAACCAAAACAAGGCAGCUGUUCCUCAGUCCCGUCCCGCUGUAAACAAUCACGUGUCGUGUUCCAGAUCUUACACUUCCUGGUCGAUAAAGACUUCCUUGGUCCACAAACUGUUGAGUAUCAGAUUCCAACGCUGAAGUACAGCCUUCUGUUUUUACCUGUCGACAAAGGGGAGCACAUGAUGGAGAUGUACAUGAAAAGUCUCGAAGGCAGGGAUCUGACGUAUAACAAUACGACCAUCACCGGCAUGGACUUCGGCAUCAAGAAGACGCUGUUUAAGUAUUACCUUGCAAGAGAUUCAGUGUACCCUAUCCUUGCUGUUGUAUCUCUUCUUGUCACCAUGACUCUUUAUCUGCACUCUCUCUUCAUAGUAGCAUUAUCUAUGAUAGCAAUCACAGGCUCCCUCCUGACCUCCUAUUUCUUUUACAAAGUAGCAUUUCAUCUGACAUUCUUCCCCCUCGUCAACCUCUCAGCGGCUCUCAUUCUCCUGGGAAGCUGCUCCAAUCAGGUUUUUAUCUUUGCUGAUUUCUGGAACCUUCAGUUAUCCCAGAAUCCCUUAGCUUCUCUGGAGAAGAGAGUAAAUAGAGCUAUGCAGGAAGUCGGUUAUUUGAUUUUAGCAUCAGGGUUGACCUCCAGCGCUGCAUUUUUCUCUGGAUAUCUCAGCAGCAUCACAGCAAUCCGAUGUUUCUCUGUUUAUCUCGGAAGUGCCUCGUUUAUCAGUUCAAUCUUGGCCUUGGUGUGGCUGCCUUGCUCUUUCAUUUUACGCGAGCGCUACACACAAGCAUCCUCUGCAUCAACAGUGGUACAGGGGUGGAAGCCAUGCUGUUCCAAAAACACUGGCGGCUUCUGGGAUACGAGCUCCCGCAAGAGAUGCCUCUUCACUCUGGGGCAAAAGCUGAGAGAAUUAAAAAAAGGUCUCAGCGACACUUCCAAUCUGUUAUUUAUGAAAAUCCUACCCUGUGGAGUUGUGAAGUUUAGGUACAUUUGGGUGUGCUGGUUUGCAGUGCUCGCUGCUGGGGGGACAUACAUGGCCUGCAUUGACCCAGGCAUGAAGCUGCCGACCUUAGACAGCAAGGUCGCCCAGCUUUUCCGCUCUAGUCACCCAUUUGAACGGUAUGAUGCAGAAUAUCGUCAUAUGUUUAUGUUUGAGAGACAGAGGAACGGAGAGGAUAAACCACUUACGAUACAGCUUGUUUGGGGUGUCAAACCAACUGACAGCGGCGAUCCCUUUAACCCAAAGAGUAAUAGCUCUUUGGUUCUUGACCCAGAAUUUAACAUGAGCUGGCCAGAUGCACAGGUUUGGCUGAGAGACUUGUGUGCACGGGUUCAGAACCAAAGCUUUUAUUCCCCUCCGUCACUUGAAGAUAAAGAUGUUAUGACAGAUAAUAUCUGUCUCGUGGAGCAGCUGAUACACUGGGUAUCUGUCAGACGCUGCUCGGAGAAAAAUGACUCCCUCCCGUUCCCCUAUGCUCCCAGCGUUUUUGAGAACUGCCUCAGUAUGAUGCUGGCGGAGAGGUAUGCCGAGGGCCAUCUGGCUCACAGCGGAGGCCUGUUCUUCCAGCCAGAUGGCAGAGUCGCUGCGCUUGUGUUGGCAUUCAGAACCACAUAUCUCUACAGCUUCAACUUUAGCCGAACUAGUGUUUUCUACAGAGAAAUCCUGACGUGGUUUAACAGGGAAAUAUCAGGAGCACCACAAGGGCUCAAGAACGGCUGGUUCAUCAGCCAUCUGUCUCUUUUUGACUUGCAACAAUCUUUAAGCUCAGAGACUCUCGUUGUAGCUGGUUUCUCUGUAGCACUCACAUUUGCUUUGCUGCUUUUAACCACUUGGAAUAUUCCACUUAGCAUAUAUGGGACUGUAGCGGUAGGAGGCAGUGUCUUUGUCACUGUAGGCCUCCUUGUUCUACUUGAAUGGCAACUGGGUGGCAUCGAGGCUCUGUUUAUAUCAUCAGCAGCUGGCCUGUCUGUUGAUUUUGUUGCUAACUACUGCAUAUCUUACAGCCUGGCUCCGCAUUCAGACAAAAUCGGGAAAGUAGCACAUAGCACUAAAAAGAUGGGAUGUCCUGUAGCAAUAGUUUCUGGAGCAUUUUUCUCCACGGGGAUCAUCAUGCUGCCUGCCACAGCCUUGCUAUUCAGAAAACUGGGGAUCUUUUUGUUUUUGGUUAAAUGUGUAGCGUGUGGGUUUGCAACUUUCUUUUUUCAGUCCCUUUGCUGUUUUUUUGGACCUGAAAGAAACUGUGGAAAGAUCUCGUUGCCGUGUUGUUCCGAUCACAAUGAUAGCACUCUGUCAUCUUGUUCUGCAGCAGAGCCUGGUUCCUCGUCUGCGUUGGCAGCGAAUGGCGCCUUUGGCAGAUCUAGAGUGAGGAGGAGUUAUGAUAAAGAAGCAGGUGGUUAUCUGUACCCGAACCACCAACGUCAGCAGAGAGAGAAGCAGACUGGAGCAAAAGGAGACAGUGGCCCUGAGCAGUACGAACUGCAGCCACUGGCUUAUCGACUGAGCGACAGCUUCGAGAAUAGCACCUGCACAAGCAAACUGUCCAAUCGGCCCUCAGUGCUCUCUGAUGAGAUUACGCUUAGUGGGAAAGAUGUGGACAGGAGUAGCAUGGAUGGGGACAGUGAAGCGCUGUGCAGCCAUCAACCACCUCCAGCUCUCCAGACUUCUUCUCCUUAUAAAGGGAACACCCUGCGCCCUGUAGGCCUGGUGCAAGACGACAAAGCCAAGGACAAGCUUCUGUGCAAAACAUGCAGAGUUCAGUCUGGUGGGGUGAAGGACUGGAGCAAUACGUCCUUCUCUUCAUCUUCCAGCAUUGAGGACACCAUCAUCAGCCACACAAUGGAGACCUUUGACCAGCUGUCUCUCAGCAAAGAAGGACAAACAGCAGCGCAGAGCCUCCACCAAGGUCAUGUCUCUGUUGGAGGGAUCCUCUUCUCCCAGUCUCAGAGCUCCUGCGAGGGCCUGGAGGACUCCAAUGAAACGUGCCUGAGUGAAAUCGAACCAGGGCCUUCUAAUGAAAGAGAGGAAGUCCAGCUACGACCAGGACAUUUAAACGGGAGAAGAGAUACUCUUCGUCUCUCGUUGAAAGAGACAGUUUAUGACACAUGUAAGGGGCGCGUCAGUCAGAGUGAAGAGGUGGUCAUCUUACCCAACAGUAAGCCAGACCUACCUGAUGUCUGGAUAAAAAGAGAUGGACAGCGCGAGGAUACAUGCUGA